CGUUGAUCGAAAUUAUCGCAGGUUACUUUACAUUAUUUUUUUGGGUACUGCGUUCCACGAUCUUUGAUAGUUUGAUCCACCAUGCAAUGCCAUAUAAACAUGAUUAAUUAAUUAAACAUCCUUCGUUAAUUAAUCCAUAAUUAUAUCUCUUAAUCAUAUAUUCAUGCUCCUUCAAUAUUUCCUAUAUAAACCAUCCAUCCACCUCUCUUCUCCCUCACUCCCAUCACCACCAUCCCCUGCGAUGAAAACCCGCUCGCCCGCCGCAGCCUUCUUGAAAUCCAAAAAGAAGACCUUUAAGGGCGUGAGAAUGAGAAGGUGGGGAUCCUGGGUCUCCGAGAUAAGAAACCCUCAUCAAAAGAGCCGGAUAUGGCUCGGCUCAUACUCCUCGCCGGAAGCCGCCGCCGGAGCCUACAACGCCGCCGUUCUCUGUCUCAAAAGCUCCUUUGCCUCCAUUCUUUCCUCCAAAUCCAUCCAACUUAUCGCCGCCGCCGCCGCCGCUGCUGCAUCCAGCUCUUCAGGAUCCUCUGCCGAACUGAUAAAGUCGCCGCCUUUAUGCGACAAUUCUUUGGCCGGAGUUGAGAUUGCGGCGGCGGAGUCAUGGGUUGACUUGACGGAAUUUGAGAUGUCGCCGGAGAGGGGGUUCAUGGAUGAUGCUGCGAUGAACCCAUCCGCAUUUUUCGGUAACUUUGUGCAGGCAGAAGAGUCGAGCGAGAUCGCCGGGGAUAUCGCCCUUUGGAGCUUCUUGAAAUGAUAGGGGAAGAGUGACUUGCAGAGGUUGGAACAUUUGGAGGAGGAAGUUUUGCGGUGUAUGUAAUAUUCGGUUAACUGGAUUUAUU